AUGGAACUGGAAUACCAGACCGAGCAGGAGAUCGAGGAGGAAAUCGCUUUUCAACGCAUCCUCCAAGAGACUCUGGACCCCGGCGCCGAUGAUUACCACGCCAAUCUCCAACGCAUCGAAGCAGACAUGGCCCACUUCCAGAGCCAACUUGACGCCAUGCGAUCCGGAUCGCGUCCACAUAGUCACGGCAGCAGCAGCAGUACUCACGAUGCACAUCCUGGCUCCGCUCAACAGACUCACGAUGGCUGGUGGCAAACUGCUAUGGACGGCCGGCCGCAGAGCAACCACAGCAACGUCGGUGUCAUGAGCAAUCCACCCAUGGACAACUCCCACGCCAUGUCAUCUCCUCGCGCCGACUCAUACCAACAUGGCAUCGGAAACAGCAGUGGCACGAAACGCGCGCGCACACAGUCGGCCUUUAUGCAUCCCUUCGAACACGCCUCCAAGCGGCCUACGCCCGAGCCAUCCAACGCCGGCACACCUGCUUCCUCGGACGGCUCAUAUGACUUUGCUGACAGACCAGUCGAUCGCAUGCGAGCAUCACAGGCGGCGAGUUUUGCCGCAGCACAACGACGGCGAGACCAGCAGCAGAGAGAUGAGGCAUUUGCGCGACAAAUGUCGCAGUCGGCGCCUUCAUCACAUGCUUUCGCCUCUUCAUCCACGCGGCCGAACGUGCAGACUACGCUAAACUACAACGGAAGCUAUCAACGACCGCCGCCUGCGCAAGCAGAGUCUUCUUCCUCUGCCGCUCACAGCUACCUGCCUGCCCCACCCACGGGGUACCACCAUGCUCAUCAGCCACAAGCAGAGCAUGACCCACCACACGCUCUAAAGUCCGAGUUUGGCUCUGCAGCACAGCUACAACUGCCGCAACGCUCGAGGCAGCACACUGCACUGGUCGACCUCACUGGUAGUGACAGCGAGGAUGACGAGAUCACUGAAAUUGCACCUACCCGAUUCACGCCAAGCAGCAAUAAUCUCCGCUCUUUACAUCAGUACACACAGCCGCAGACUACGAUGCAAAUGCCAACUACAAUGCAAAUGCCUGGCACAUUCCCAGCUCCGAAUCAGGCUAACAACCAAUUCGUGUACGGCAAUGGCUCGGUCAACAACAACCCCAGCACUUCGUGGUUGCAGAACGUUGUCGGCAGCAUGCAAGGCGGACUGGACGAGCUCAGCAACCUCGUCUAUGGCUCUAACAGCACGCGGCCACUCGAGCUCGACAGUGAUGAUGAUGACGACGAUGAAGUGGUGUUCGGGGGAAUACGACAAAUACCAGGCAUGUACUCCAAUAACCAAGAUCUGUACAACUCACGCUACGACAUGUUCUCGAAUUACGACCCUGGCAAGUCCAAGGAGGAGAUUCAGGCCAUGCUCGAGAACAUCCGACCUGACGAAGAGAUGCCUGCACACCUCAGAGUCCGUACACCUGAGGACAUGAAUGUGGAGCUACACAAGUACCAGGAACUCGGCUUAACAUGGCUGCAGAAGUGCGAGGAAGGCACGAACAAAGGUGGCAUUUUGGCCGAUGACAUGGGUCUCGGGAAGACUAUCCAGAUGUUGUCCUUGAUCGUCACUCGGAAGUCGCAGGAUCUACGAUGCAAGACAACAUUGAUCGUCGCUCCAGUCGCUCUCAUGAGACAAUGGAAGCAAGAGAUCCAGAACAGGCUUAAACUUGGUCGGUAUCAGCUCACCGUCUUCACCCACCACGGCCAGAAGAAAGCAAAAAGCUUCCACGAUCUGCGCGCUUACGACGUAGUCCUUACUACUUACGGUAGUAUUGCCUCGGAAUUGAAGAAGAUGGAGAAGUUUCGCCUUCGUCAGAGAGCAGACCCAGGUGCUCGGCCAUAUCCGGCCGAGAGAUGCGUAUUCCUCGACCCAGAAGCUAAGUGGUACCGCAUCAUCCUGGACGAAGCUCAAUGCAUUAAGAACCGCAGCACGCAGACUUCCAAAGCUGCCAGCAUGAUCAACGCAACGUAUCGUUUCUGCGUCACUGGCACACCGAUGAUGAACAACGUUGAAGAAUUUUACUCGCUGCUCAAAUUCUUGCGCGUCAAGCCCUACUGCCAGUGGGAGAAGUUCAGAUUGGAGAUCAACAUGCCUCUGCGCCAACAGAACGAAAACACCCGCAACAAGGCAAUGCGCAUGCUUCAAGCGGUGUGCAAGUCUGUCAUGUUGCGCCGCACCAAGAAAAGCACCUUUGAAGGCAAGCCGAUCUUGGUCUUGCCGGAGAAGUACGUGCUCAUCGACAACCCAGAGUUCGAUGAAGAAGAACGUACCUUCUAUAGGUCAAUCGAAGAGAGGACUCAACUUCAAUUCAACAAGUACCUCAGGAAAGGUACUGUCGGCACACAGUAUUCUGCAAUCCUUGUACUGUUGCUUCGUCUGCGCCAGGCAUGUUGUCACCCGCAUCUUCUCAAGGACUUCGGCGUUGCGGCUGCUGCCGACCUUGGAGUAGAUCAGCUGGUUGAGCUUGCGAAGCAGCUAGCAGAUCCAGUCGUGGCGCGGAUCAAGGAAUCGGAUGGCAAUUUUGAGUGCCCAGUGUGCUAUGAUGUUACCACUAACCCCGCGAUAUUCAUACCAUGUGGGCAUGACACUUGCUCAGAGUGUUUCUCGAAGAUCGCAGAUCCGGCCAACGCCGUGCAACAUGGCGACGAGGGUCGGGGUGCACGAUGUCCGACGUGUCGAGGUCAGAUUGAUGCGAAGCGUCUCACAGAUUUCAACAGCUUCAAGCGCGUACACUGGCCCGAGAUGCUUACCGAGGCCGAACGCGAGGCAGAGGGCGCACAUGAUCAUAAUGAGAGCGAGACAGAGGACGACAGUGACACUGAGGUCGAGUCAGAUGGCGACGAUGACGGUGCGGAUCUGAAAGAUUUCAUUGUCGACGAUGACGAAGAGCCUGAACAGGCAGAUGAUGACGACGAAACGGAUGAUGACUUGGAUGUUAAGCCUGUGAAGAAAGAGAGCACGAAUCAAGAAGGAGAUGUUGCUGGACCAUCGUCGAAAGCCAAGGGGAAGAAUAAGGACAAGAAAGGAAAAGGCAAGGCCAAGAAGAAGGGCAAGAAGAUCAAGUCGACCGUGACUCUAGCCGAGCUCAAGAAGCAAGCGACACGGAACAAGGCAGCCAAGAAGAAGUAUCUGCGUCGUCUAAGGAAAGACUGGCAAAGCUCAGCCAAGAUCGACAAGACGAUGGAAAUCCUCAGCGAGAUUAUGGAUGACAAGGAGGGAGAGCAGGUCCUCAUCUUCAGUCAGUGGACAUCGUUGCUGGAUCUUCUCGAGGUACCCAUCGAUCAAGCUGGCAUUGGCUACCGCCGAUACGACGGAAGCAUGUCAGCGGCGAUGCGAGGCGAUGCGGUUGAUGACUUCCGUGACCCACGCAAGAACGUUCGCGUCAUGCUGGUCUCGCUCAAGGCUGGAAACGCGGGUCUGAACCUCAACAUGGCCAGCCAAGUCAUCAUCCUCGAUCCUUUCUGGAAUCCUUACAUCGAGGAACAAGCCAUUGAUCGCGCUCACCGUCUCGGCCAGCGUCGCGAGGUCAAGGUGCACCGCCUCUUGAUCAAGGACACAGUCGAAGAUCGCAUCAUCGCUCUGCAGGAAAAGAAGCGAGCGCUCAUCUCCGAGGCACUCGACGAGCAGCAGGCUGCACAGCUGGGUCGUCUCGGUGUUCAAGAAUUGGCAUACCUCUUCGGUGUCACUCAUGAUCCCUCGCAGCACAUCAACUACACAGCACAACGUCGGCGUUAG